GCUGCGAAGAGUCGCGGUUGUGAAGAUUUCGUUUUCGUACGUGUGUGGGCUGCGAAGUGAGUCGCGGUUGUGAAGAUUUCGUUUUCGUACGUGUGUGGGCUGCGAAGAGUCGCGGUUGUGAAGAUUUCGUUUUCGUACGUGUGUGGGCUGCGAAGUGACUCGCGGUUGUGAAGAUUUAGUUUUCAUACGUGUAUGGGCCGUGAGCAGUUUACGGUUGCGUCACAUGGGCUUUGGAGUGCGCGUUGACAUGCGUGUGAACCGUGACAUGUGCCAUACAUGUCCUCGUGCGCUGGGCAUACAGGGUGGUGGAAAGUUAGACGGAAUAUCAACAGCAUUUUUGUUACGAACGUGAGACUCGAGUGUUGAGUAAAGAAGGUUUACCCACUCGGUCGGGGCGUGUUAUAUAGAUUCUAAUAAACGCUGUGAGGCAGGUGUGGAGAGUGGAGAGGAGUUAACACGCUUGUUCGCACGCUAGUAGAGGAUCGCAUGAAGCUGUGGGUAAGGGAUGAACGUGAUCAUCAGCCUCGACGAGAUAUGGCAAUGAGGAAACACGUUGUGAGCGCGUGGAAAACACUUCACGGCUUUCCGUCAGGGUGGACCACACCGGUCCAACACGCCAUGAGGCAGACGGAGAAGACAUCGGGUCCUCGACUGGCGAGGAAAUACAUAUUGGACGCGAUCUUGGGCGCGUUGCACAAAAACAAAUAUCAAGGACUUGGGCCUCAAAUGAGGAGACACGUAGUGGGCGCGCAAGGAAAGGGCCACUUCCCGUCGGGGCGGGCCAUGAUGGCUCGAGACACCUCCUUGAGGCAGACGGGGAAGAGGCUGAAUCAGUGUCUCCACAGAUGAAGACAGCAUGCAGGUGUUCGUGGGGACCCUCGUGCACAGUAUUGGCGAGACGCACAUGCACAUACGGCAGGCAGCGGUGGGGGUCCUUGGGCGGGAGAUCAUCUUCGUGGAGGACGUAGAGAAGCUAAUGGAUAUGCAAACUGAAUAUAGUUUCCCGGACUCCUCCAUCGUCCAUCUCACAGCCAGCCAGUUUCUCAUGCCGGGGCUGGUCGACACGCACGUGCACGCAUCCCAGUUCCUCAACAACGGUCUCAAGAUGGAUCUGCCGUUGCUGGAGUGGCUGCAGAAGUACACCUUCCCUACCGAGGCCUCCUUCUCUGACGUCAAGGUGGCCCACGAGGUGUAUCCCCGCGUGGUGGAUCGGCUGUUACGCAGCGGCACCACGACCGCCUCCUACUUCGCCUCAGUCCAUUUACCGGCCACCAAAAUUCUGGCGGCGACGGUGGCGGACAAAGGCCAGCGCGCACUCGUCGGCAAAGUCAACAUGAUGGUUAAUUGUCCAGAAAACUGCCGUGAGAGCAGCUUGGAGGAAAGCUUACGUGAAACGGAGGAGUUGAUUCUUUACAUCAGGAAUCUUCAGUCGCCGCUCGUCCUCCCUGUUGUGACUCCACGCUUCGCUAUUACGUGCCCCGAGGAUCAGCUGAGGGGCCUGGGACAGCUGGCAGCCAAGUACAAGUGUCAUGUGCAGAGCCACCUCUGCGAGAGCCGCCCUGAGAUAGCCUUCGUCAAAGAGCUCUUCCCUAAAUUCCGCUCCUACACGCACCUCUACCACAACACAGGACUGCUGACGGACAAGACGAUCAUGGCUCACUGCGUAUGGAUGGAAGACGAGGAGCUGCGGCUGCUGAAGGAGGCGCAGGCGGGGGUGUCGCACUGCCCAAGCUCGAAUCUCAACAUCCAUUCUGGACACUGUGAUGUCAAGAGGCUGCUUGAACACGGCCUUAAGGUUGGCUUGGGCACCGACUGCUCUGGUGGGUACAAUCCUUCCAUCCUGGACGCGUUGCGGCGUGCCCUGCAGGUGUCAUGUUGCAAGGUCAUAGAGCAGCCCUCCCACCCCUCCCUCACCCUUGCCGAGGCCUUCCAUUUGGCCACUCUAGGGGGAGCUCAAGUGGCAGGCAUGGAUGAUCGAAUCGGGAACUUUGAGGUGGGGAAAGAGUUUGACGCAAUACUGGUGGAUGUUGAGGCUCUCGACUCGCCGCUGGACAUCUUCGCCAGGGAUGACAUGGAGGACAAAAUCCAGAAGUUCCUGUACAACGGCGAUGACCGCAACAUGGUGGAGGUGUACGUGGCUGGCCGGCGAGUAUGUUGCCGUUGAGAGGGCGUCGUGCUCGCGGUGCCCAGUGACUCGAACAGUCUGGUAUUCUCGGACCCUUUUGAUUCUCAAAAUAUUUUUUUCUAACGUCCUCAAAGGAAAUUAGUCUGAUUCUCAUUAGUAUUUUUCACAGUUAUGGUGCAAAUCCGGGUCAAACUAUCACUAAGCCCGUAAAACUCUCCAUGGAAAUACCCACAACCUCUACCAAAGCAUUAUCAAAAUUAAUGUGAAUGUGUAAGCCCCGAAAUAUUUGAGAGUAUGGGCCAGGCUCAGAAUAACAAUGAAUACCAAUGAGUAUAAUCCUGGUUCUUAUUGUAUAAGUUUUUUUUUUUUUAUAUAUAGGUGUGUCAUCAACAAAUAUUUUGAUUUAUAUGUUACUCUUUAUAUAAAUAACACUUACAAAACAUUCUUAGGUCCGAACUGCCAUUAUGAUCACAUUCUUAUUAAAACUUAUUAAGAGAGAGAGAGAGAGAGAGAGAGAGAGAGAGAGAGAGAGAGAGAGAGAGAGAGAGAGAGAGAGAGAGAGAGAGAGAA